ACAAACAACUUUACCUGAACUUUUGCAUCUCCCUAAUCUUCAAUCAUCCAUCUUCCAUUUUCCAUCAUCAUCAUCAUCAUCUCACCAUCAACAACAACAGAACACAACAUCUUGUUCAACAGUUGAACAGACAAACAAUUUCUUACCUUUAAUUUGCUUGUUUGUAGUUAGUUUUUGGUGUUUUCGUUGUGAAAGUUUAACCUCCAUUUUGGACUAACAAUUAACAUUAAUUGUCAACCAUUGAUUGGAUUUACCUGAUUAAUUGUCAACACCAAUUGUUCAUCAAGUGAAUAAGUAGAUUAUCAAUUCUAAUUGGUUAUGUGAUGAAAACUUUUCACCUUCUAAUCAAAAACAAAGGAAAUCAACGGAAUCCUUACAUUAAUAGUAACCUGAUCAUCGUCACUCUCUGUGUUUUGUUUUAGAUAUUAAAUUGUUGACAAUUAAUUAGUUGACACUUUCAAAUAAGAUUAACAAUCCUUGUUAAUUGAUUGUCAUCAAAUCAUUACAAUCAGUUACCUUGUUAAGCGAAGGUAUUGUUUUCUCUUGAAGAAAAGACUUUUACAAUUGAACCAUAACCAAGAAUCAUCAACAGAAAAUGGAUCCAAGUAAACGGAACGGAAGCCCCGGUGGAAUCUUAUAUGACCCAGGAACACCGGAACAUUUUAAUUACUACCAUUUCCAGGCCAAUUAUCUGAGAAAUUCUCGAGCAAUCGGAGUUCUAUGGGCAGUUUUCACCAUGUGUUACGCUAUAAUUAACUUUGUAGUCUUCGUUCAACCCCAAUGGCUCGGGGACACCGAGACCAGUAAGGGGACCGGUUACUUUGGCCUUUGGAGGUCGUGUCGUCUUCUUCAAGAUGGUCAAGAUCUAAUCUGUGAAGGUCGACUAGAUGACAUCGGCUCAAUACCCACACCAGCCUUCAGAGCGGCGACAGUAUUUGUCGGACUAUCGGUGGUCAUCAUUAGCCUUUGUCUAUGUUCAUUUAUCCUCUUCUUUUUCCUUCAUUCAUCAACUGUCUUCCAUAUCUGUGGUUGGCUUCAAGCCUUUAAUUCGAUGUGUAUGCUUGCUGGAGUAUUGAUUUUCCCUGCGGGCUGGGAUGCUCCGAUAAUUAAGGAGGUUUGUGGCCGGGAUGCCGAUAAUUAUGUCGCUGGUCAGUGUGGUAUCCGAUGGGCAUACAUUUUGGCCAUGAUUGGGGUCGUCGAUUGCGCUGUACUUUCAAUAUUGGCCUUCAUUUUGGGCACUCGAUAUGUCAAAAUGCUUCCCGAUCAAUAUCUCAACAGUUCGGGCUCAGUUUACAAAGGUGAAGUUAAUAAUGGUUUCAUCGCUGACAAUGGGACCAGAAAAUCAAUGAACCUUCAACCUGUUAUGCUGAUGCCUGGAAAUGUACCAAUUCCGGAUCCGGAAAGAUACUCUGAGUAUUCAACGAAAACAGGUCGAUCACAUAAAUCGAUGCAACAAUUAUCGAUGCCGUCGCCGACUUCAUUUCAUCCAGCAGCGUUUUCUGUCAACAAUUUUCAAUUAUAAUUAACAAUCAACAAUCAAUUUCUCAUCGAUUGCUUAUCAUCAAUAUCAUCAUGAUUAAUUAAUCAUCUCAAUCACCUCAAUCAUCAUCUUCAUCUUGAUCAUCAAUUUCAUUCUGUAAUCAAUCAUUUGCUCAUACAAAUCUAAUUGCGGCCAUGCUUAAAUCUCUCGUUUUGUAUUUUGAUUACAAUUAAAUAAGUUUUUUUCUCUUCCAUUAAAACAAAUCAAUUAAAUUUCUCAUUACGAUCAUUUAAUAAUCAUCCCAAUAAUGUGUAACAAUUUUGAUCCACAAUCAAUUAAUUACUUUGUUUACUAUUAACUUGGUUUCAUUUUCAUUCAGUGACCAUUUUAAUCAUUUGAUUUUCUGUAAACAAUUAAACCUUUUUUUAGAUUAUAAUUCACAUUGACAAUCAACUAAUUGUAUAAUUAAUCUUAUGUAUCUCGUAAUAAAAAUGCCAAUUGUUUGAAAAGAGA